GUCUUCGUAUUUAUAUAGAAGAAGAAGAAGAAGAAACAUCAAUUUAUAUAUGAACUAAGGGCCGUAUUUAUAGCACUGACGAAGGCGAACAAGAUAUGAACUUUAAGACCGUUAUAACAGAGUAUACUUUCUUUGUUUUUUUCAAAGAUUUUUUAAACUUAUUUCGGAUUCAUUGUGUCCUAUUUUUUUUAUGAAAUGUAUACCGAGAGCAUUCCAAACCACUUUUUAUACAACGCUUACUGCGAACGUAAGUGUUGUAUAAAAUCUUAAGUCGCAUACAAGCUGUUUGUUUGAAGGACUCGGUCUAACUGCGUUAGCUAAUACACGAUCAAUGUGUACAUUAUGUUAGAGAGUGUUAGUUCGAUCGAUUUCGACACAUUCUUUAUUCAAAACGAAUGGAGUUAUGCUGACGUGUAAAAGUAAUUAUUUUACACUUAUCCAAAUUAUUGCUGCAAUUCUUAACAAUCAUCGGGAUUUUGAAGUAUCUCGUAGAUAUUUGUAUCAUUUGCAUAUUAUACAUAGGAUAAUGGGACCAGACAAAACAAAGAUAUAAGGGAAUUAGAAAAGUAUCUUUAUGGGAUCUAUGAGGAACUCACGAAGGACCAUUACAGAAUCCACACCGUAAAACCUUCAAGCGCAACAGCUUGAAUCCGAUUCAUUCUGAUCUUAUGUCAACUUUGCUAAAGAAAAUACAACUUAGGAAGUAAGAAAACUUAUUCACUUGAGUAUUAUGCUCCUUAAUCCCCCCACACUGCUUUGUAUGUGCGGCGACUGUGCGGAUGACGCAUGAUUAUGUGUGUUAUCAAAAUUUAAAUGUAAAACUUUUAUUCUUCGUAGGUGAUGAAAGGCAAAAUGAGCCUUAAUCGGAACAGGGACAGUGACGGGACAGCUCGCGAGCCCCUGCUCGGCGACGAGAGUCCAGUGCGCUUCGGUAACUCGUGGACCGCCACGCCAAAGUACUCCAAGUACUCCAAGCUAGCUAGCCAGGCCGAUAGUCCGAAUCGGUUCGAUUUUGACAGCGACAUGAUGGGUGUGCAAGACAGGAUGCUCCGUGGUCAAGACGAGCAGCUGCGAGCGCUGGGCGACACGGUGGGCUCUCUCAAAACUGUCUCCAAACAGAUAGGAUCGGAGUUGGACGAACAGACAGUGUGAGUAUAUAAUCCAGCCAAUGUAGUUAGG